UCAAAUAGACCGGACUGAAUGUGCGUGUAAUAUCAUGGCGCCCGUUAAGGGCUUUCUUGCACGAUCAGAUUUUCCUCUGUAUGCUGUUCGUGCUCUUGAUUGUUCACAUUUUCUGGUUGCUGGUGGGGGAGGCCAAGCAAAAACUGGGGUACCGAAUGCCAUCGAAAUAUAUGAACUAAAACAAACAGAAGAGUCAGUCCAAGCCUCAAGUAUAUGUCGACAUGAUGCAGGCUCAGAGGCCAUCAUGAACUGUAGUUCAUUCUAUGAUGGCAGAAACUACAUCAUAGCAUGUGGCCAAGAUGAAAAGUGCAAGAUCUACUCGGUCAGGUAUAAAGUUGUGUCCCCAAGCAAAGCAAACUCAGAUGGGAAAAGUGAAGGUGACAUACGAAAACGCAAAGGAGGAUCAGAUGGAGAUGAAGUUAAAAGCAGCCUGAACGAUACCAAAUACCUCACUUUUGAUGUACAACUAAUACAAUCAGUGCAGACAGACUUUGACAAAGAUGGAGGGUUCCAGAAGGUUGUGAGAUUCAGUCUUGAUCACAGUUUUGUAGCAACAGGUGGUGCUGAUGGGUUUCUUCGUGUGUGGAAGUAUCCAGACAUGAAGAAAAAAUUUCAAGUUCAGGCACACAAAAGUGACAUAGAUGAUCUGGACAUCAGCCCUGCUGGAGACAGGAUUGUCACAGUGUCCAGAGAUGGAACAGGGAUGGUGUGGAAUGUUAAAGAUGGACAGCACCACUGUGAUCUAUUAUGGCCAGUGAAGGAAGCAGUUCAUUAUCGAUUCAGAUGCUGCAGGUAUGGAUUGAUAGAAGGAAAGAAAGAUAAGUUCAACUUGUACACACUAAGCAUUCCAGUAAAACGUUCCAGUAAACCUGAUUUGUGCUACAUUUCACUGUGGGACAGCAACAGCAUACAGAUGAAAAAGACUGCCAACACAGGGACGGAAGUCUUGUCAGCACUUGCAGUCAGUGAUGAUGGGAUUUAUCUUGGUGUUGGCACAAUAUCAGGCAGUGUUUCUGUUUAUAUAUCUUUUAGCUUACAGAGGCUGUAUCAUGUAAAAGAGACUCACAGCAUUUUUGUGACCGGUUUAGAAUUUCUGCCCAUGUCUGAAGCGACUCGAGCAAUAGUUGGCAGUCAAGACUUUAGUAUGCUCAGUGUUUCUGCUGACAAUACCAUCAAGAUUCAUCACAUGCCAGAGAGGAGCACAUUGAUGACACAGACCAAAACAUAUCAGCAAACAGCUGGCUAGAGACACAACAGACAUAAAAGAUGGAAAAAACUGUGCCUGAAGCAUACCAGGGAUUUGGCAAAAGAAAGGACUAGUAGACUGUGACCAGGUAAAGAUCAAUUUCAGAAGAGAUCUGUUCAGAUUCUGAUGAGGUAGCACAGAAAAUACAGGGCAGUCAUAGUACGCACUAACUUGACACCAGAGAUCUGUUGAUAGCCCAGUGGUAAUACAUGUUCUAAUGGCAAAAUCUUUUUAAGAUAAAAUGGACCAGCAGCACAAGAGCUUAAUUUUAUGAGUUUAUUCUUGAAAUCUAUGACAAAGCAUUUUGUGUAUUUGACACAUUUUCAGCAUUUGGUUUCCCUCCCUGUAUUGAUUAGAAAGUAAGCAUUCUGCAUGUUUAUGCUAGUUUCCAGUGACUUUCUAAAGGCUACAUUACUUCAACUGAGACAAACAAAAUUCUUUCUAAUCCACAAAGAGUUUUUUGUUAAAAUAUAAAGCAUUUCUAUGAGCAUAUACUGGUGAAUAGUGUUAUUUAGGCAGUGAACAUAACUGAUUAACAAUGGCUGGGGCAAAGCUAAAGCUCUUCUUCUGCCUUUUCCUUACCUGAUAAAUCAGGCAUUAACUUCUACUGGGUGGGCAGUGUUUGUUUCCCAGUCUCAGGCCUGAACAGGUCUUAAACAAGUGACCAACUCCCCAGCUUUAUAAAUAUAAAGUAUUUCUUUUCUUUCAGAAAGUCUAGAUAAAGUGAACAGAUCAAUAAAAGUCUGCAAAGUUUCAGGGUAAAUUAAGUGAAGAGCAUACUAUCGAUGAGCUCACAUUUGAUAAGUGUAGAGUGUUAAAUUAUUUGGUAGCUGUAAGAAUCAAAUUUAAAAUAUACUUUUGUGAAUGUUGUAUUUUCCUGUUUAUUCUGAAAUUAAUGAAAUCUGGAUCAAAAACUGAGACAAUACUACAGUGAAUCUACCAAUCCAGAAGGUUGCAGUCUGGUCUCUAAAACUUAAAACCAAAGCUUUACACAUAUUUAUGUGAUUGAAUGAAGAUGAUUUAUUUAUAAGAUUUUCUUUUUUCCUUUUGACCAUAAUUAUAAAAGGAAAUGUUUUAAUGACCAAACAUUUGCUUUUGGGAGGUCAGGUAGACGGGGCUUAUUACCGGCUGCCUUAGUGGUCAUCCUUUGUUAAUUGCUUCCACCUAGCCCAGCUAGUACAAAUACUCUUACUUCCUUCCCUGAAUCAACCAUUCUUUCCAGUUGAAUGAAUGCUAUUACUAUGAAUUAUCUUUGCUACAUUUGAAGUGAUGUAGCUAUAACUUUUUUGAAAAUCAUAUGAAACUGCAGCUGCCAUGUGAAUGCAUCUUGAUUAUAGGCAGAUUUGAGUUCAAAGGGGUAGAAGACUGGGUAGAAUGAACGUGACACCAGCACCAAAUUCGUUUUCUCAGCACAGCACAGAAAUACUUCUUAAUGUUUCGUACUUUCUGUUCUUUUCACGAUAGGAAAGACAGCAUACAACUAGAGAUUUCCAGGAUGCAUUGCUAAUUCCUAGAACAUGGCUUUAGAUUGAAGUGUUGACCAUGCAGGAUUACCUCUCCUUUGACAUCUUUCUGACAAAAUUUUAUGAGUGAAUUCCCUUGAGCAUAGGAUUUAUCGCCUUAUAUGGUUUGAUAAUCAUUUUCAGUCAUGCCCAUGAUACCUGCAUGUAUAUUCAAAACAUUGCUUUCUGAAAAUGAAAUCUUUAAAAUGAAAUUUGAAUAUUCAAAUUUUGUGUUCCAUAAAAGAAUCCACAUUGUUUGGUAACAGGCUUUUCAGCAUGGUUUAUAUUGGGAAAUACUGCAUGUGAUAAGUCAUUUUAACUAAGAAUAUUGACUAUAACCAAUUUUGUACUAU